UUAAAGCAUUCAUACUCAGAAAUAACAAUUUUGUGCAGUGAUUAUUGUUUAUAUUUUAGGAGAAAAACCAUUUAAUAGUUCAAAACGAUUAAUGUAACAUUUUACGUCCACAUUCUCUACUAAUAUUUUUUUUUUUAAUUUUCGAAAAUGCAAGGAGUUUGUUGGCAUUCAUUACUGCUACUUAUAUUUUUUUCAGCUCCUGAAAAGAUAAUGGGACAUCAUGAACCCUGCGAUGCAAAUAGCUUUUCGACACUUCGAGAAGACUUUGAAAGGCUAUUAGAGGCUCAUUUUAAAGAAUACGAGGAAAAGCAAGUGGAUGAAUACUGCAAGGCUGUCGAAGAAGAUGAGCCGAAUGUAAAAGCAGGAAUUCAUGCUUGUGAAAAGGAAUACCUUAAAGAAUCCAUUUUAUUAGCUUCAAUCUAUGAAUAUCUCUCUCGCUUCUGCUUGGAAUCACGCCAAACACUUACUGCUGUGAUUCCUUGUUUAAAAACACACGACACGGAAUUCGAAAAAUGCUUUUUGCACUCUUCUCAAAGUAACGCAAAAAAGGAUUUAAAAGAUAUCUGUAGGGAUGAAUGGCUGAUGGAGUGUAUUGCAAAGACUAGCCGAAAAUUUUGUGAUAAUCCAGAUGAGUUUGCAAAGACUUUAGAAGCUUCCGCUAAAAAAGUGAAAUCUGAAUUCUGUCACUCAUCGUCUUCAGCUACUAGGAGCUUAGCAACAAUGGUCGGAAGUUGUUUCAUCAUGUGGUUUUGCAAGCACUACUCUAAAUUUUAAGAAUUGAUUUUUCUUUUUUGAUACUUAUUUUAAUGUGUUGUAUUUUCAGGAGUUUGAUUUUUCUGGUUUUAGGACAUAGUGACUAGCUUAGUGUUCAUCCAAGAAUGCACAUUUUUUUUUCACGCAAAAUAUUAAAAAAUUUGAAGCAAAAAAAACUUUACUUUUCUACAUUUUACAUUAUGUGUGAGUUAAUGAUUUAUAUAUUUUAUUAUUUUUUUCAUACUAGUAAACGGAACUUUCUUUCAUUAUGAGUUUAAUUUCAAAUUUAUAUAAGGGGGAAUCUAAAUCUACUUCUUCCCUUUUUUUAAUAAAAAGGAAGAAGAUAAGUUGAAGAAAGAAGGUUUCAAACAAAAAUUCGCUACUUGAUAUUGUAAACUAAAUAUUUCACUAAAAUUGUAGUCUUUAAUAGAUAUUUACUCCUAAACACAUUAA